CUUCCGUUCUUUCUCAACUUUCGCCCACCUCGCCACUCCUCACUCCCCCGCCAUGCCCGACGUUAACAUCCAGACCACGAUCAGUCCCUUCACCCAGGAGCCGGUGUGCACGCGCCCCCUCCUCUCCAGCACCCAGCUCGACGCCGUCGUCGCGCAGGCGGUCAAGGCCCAGAAGGGCUGGCGCAAGGUGCCUCUCGAGGAGCGCGUCGCGAUUGCUGAGCGCUGGAUGGCCGAGUUUGAGAAGAACACGGACCUGCUCGCUGAGGACAUUGCUCUCCAGAUGGGCCGGCCCGUUGGACAGUGCAAGGGCGAGAUCAACGGCACCCUCUACCGCGCCCGCCACUUGGUCAAGAUUGCCAAGGAGGCGCUCGCCCCUAUUCCUCAGACCGAGACGGACGACGAGGCUAACAAGCGCUACAUUAUCAGGCAGCCGCUCGGUGUUGUUGUCGCCAUCACCCCCUGGAACUUCCCGCACCUCACGGCCGUGAACUCGGUCCUGCCCGCCCUGUUGGCCGGCAACGCCGUGAUCAUCAAGCCCGCCCCUCAGACGCCCGUGCCUGCCGAGCGUGUACUCGAGUGCUUCAACACCGCCGGCCUCCCCACCAACGUCCUGCAGGUGAUCCACCUCUCGCAGCAGGCGACGCUAGACCUGUGCGCGGACGGCCGCGUCAACUUCGUCUCCUUCACCGGCUCCGUGCCCGGCGGACGCGCGGUGCAGGAGGCCGCGGCACACGGUAAGGGGUUCAAGGGCGUCGGCCUCGAACUGGGCGGCAAGGACCCUGCGUAUGUCCGCGAAGACGCCGACCUCAAGUACACAGUCGCCAACUUGGUAGACGGCGCGUUCUUCAACAGCGGCCAGAGCUGCUGCUCCGUCGAGCGCAUCUACGUCCACUCGGCUGUGCACGACGAGUUCGUCGCACAGUUCGCCGAGCUUACCCGCAAGGACUACGUGCUCGGCGACCCCAUGGCCGAGGGCACCACGCUCGGGCCCGUCGUCUCGCUCGCUAGCGCCAAGCGUAUUCGGAAGCAGGUCGCUGAUGCCGUCGCGGCCGGCGCCACGUUGCUCGUGGGCGAGGCCGAGUUUGCCGGCGCUAAGGAGGGCACCACUCUUGUCGGGCCGCAGGUGCUUACCAACGUCGACCACAGCAUGGAGGUCAUGACGGAGGAAACAUUCGGUCCUGUCGCCGCCAUCAUGAAGGUCGAGAGCGACGAGGAGGCACUUGCCCUCAUGAACGACUCGAAGUACGGACUGACUGCGAGCGUGUGGACCAACCCCGACGACGCGGCUAGCAUCGCUGUAUUCAACAAUUUCGUCGAGGAGCUGGAGGCCGGCACCGUCUACCUCAACCGUGCGGAUGCGCUCGACCCAGCUGUUCCCUGGACUGGCGUCAAGGACACUGGCCGUGGUUACUCGCUCUCCGUCCUGGGUUACGGUCAGCUUACGCAGGCCAAGAGUGUCAUGAUGCGCGUCAAGCUCAACUAGUGUAACAUAUUAUUUGUUGAUAGAACAUACAUCGAUGCAGGAGAUACAAUAAUUA